GGCGCUGUCAGGCCUGGCCGCCAUGGCGCCCCCGGCGCGCCUGUUCCGCACCUACUCCCGCCGCGGCCGGCAGCUCCGCUGGCUGCCCCCGCCCGAGCGAUGGAUAUCGCCGCCUCAGGACCGCAAGCGCUUCUUCAGCUCGACGUCGGUCGGCUCCAGCGCCCUCUCCUCCGCCUCGGACGACCCCGAUUACUCGCUGCCCGGCAAGCGCAGCCGCCAGCCCCAGGGUAAGGGUCCCGCCCGCCCCUGGCGCCUGCGGAGCCGAGCGGGGAAGGAGAACCGUCCGCCGGAGCCGGAGACCCUCGUCGUUUCCUCCUCCUCCUCCCCAUCCCCGUCCCCCGCCCGCCGUCGCCCCCCGCUGCUGUGCAGCACCCCGCAAUGGCCACCCCCCGGCAGCGCCCGCCGCCUCCGGCCCCGCCGCCGCCGCCAGGCCCCGCCGGCCGAGCUCAGCUCCCUCAUUCUGUACAGCAGCGGCGCGGACGGUGGCUCGGAGCUGGGCGGCAGCCCGGAGCUCUACUCCCCGCCGGCCGCCGCCUCCUCCCGCAGCGCCCUCAGCCCGCCCCGGUCGCCUCGGGGAGGCCGGGAGCGGCGGGCGCGGGGGGAGAGGGGGGCCGGGGCGGCUGGAGAGCCCCGUCCCCGAGGUGCGGGGUUGGAGAAGUCCGGCAGGGUCCUGAGGGCAUCGGUGCGGGCAUCCUGCCGGGCACAGGCUCCUCCGUCCCCGCAGGAGGACACGUCCCCUCCUCGGGCAGCGCUGCCCCCCGGUAACCGGCAGCCGCUGCACUCCACGCCGCACGACGGGGCCGCUUCUGCCGAGCCCUGUGAGGAUCCGGGGAGAGACUCAACCAAAGGGAGCUCGGGUUAUCAGAGCGGCAAAGCCAAGAAGUACCAUCUUAAGCCGGUGGUGGUCCUGGAUCCCGAAGAGGUGCAGAUGUGGCUGAUGAGCGCAAAAUGCAACGAAGAGGCAGCUCUUCAGCCCGCCUGCCCGCAGCCGGUGUCUCCUCCGGGCCGUCAAGGAAUCUUGGAGAAUAAACAUAAAAGUACCGGGGUGAUGCCCGGAGUGGGAAGUAGCUGUAGAAAAGCUUGCAUCAGUGGCUUCAGUGCCAGCCGGUGGGGAAAGCAAAUAAGGCUCCGUCCAAAAAGGCACAAAAAUAAGAGGCAGAAGCAGCCUAAUAACUCAUUUCUCAGACCACAGAUGAGGCAAAAAGGAAUGAAGAAGGACGUUCUGGAGACGUCUGUAGAUGUAAGGGACAAUGGCUGUUCAUUCCUCAAUAGCUCCCAGGCCUGGGGUAGAGUUCGAGCAUCUUUGUCCUUCCAUAAGAAGAAGAAAGUUACCACAGAAGGGAGUUUCUGCAACAGCAUCUUUGGUACCCCUUCUACCAAAUUCCAGCUUUCAGAGCACCAAUUGACCCAAUCUGCUGGUAUGGCUCAGUGUGGCGCUUGGUCUGCUUCCUCCAUGAUCCUGCUGGCUCCCAACAAUUUUUCUUCUGUCCUGGAGCCAAUGCUCACAGACGCAGAGAAGGUGUUUGGGGAAUGCCACCAAGAAGGGCCUAUCGCUUUUGAGGAAUGUAUCCCUUUAGAUAAGAUGAAAGAUUGCAAGAAAAUUGGAGAAGGAGUGUUCGGAGAGGUCUUCCAGAUUGACAGUGAGAGAGGACCUGUGGCCUUAAAAAUAAUUCCCAUUGAAGGCACUGAAAAAGUUAAUGGUGAAGCUCAAAAGAGCUUUGGAGAGAUUCUGCCUGAAAUCAUAAUUUCAAAAGAACUCAGUCUUCUGUCUGAGGAGUCUGUGAAUAGGACUGUUGGGUUCAUCAGCUUGUACUCUGUGCACUGUGUUCAAGGGGCCUAUCCUAAGUAUCUCCUGGAAGCCUGGGACAAGUAUCAUGAAGCAGUGGGAUCGGAAAAUGAUAGGCCAGAUUUUUUUGGAGAGGAACAGCUCUUCAUGGUUCUAGAAUUUGAAUUUGGAGGCAGUGACUUGGAGAAUAUGAGAAACAGGUUCAGUUCGGUGGCAUCGGCAAAAAGUGUUUUGCACCAGGUGACUGCUUCCCUGGCUGUGGCAGAGCAGCAACUGUGCUUCGAGCACAGAGACCUGCACUGGGGGAACGUCCUGGUCAAGAAAACGGACGUCAAGGAGCUCACUUACGUGCUGAACGGGACAACACACACCAUCCCCACAGCAGGGGUUCACGUCAACAUCAUAGAUUAUACCUUGUCACGGCUGGAGAAGGACGAGUUGACUGUGUUUUGUGACCUUUCCACUGAUGAAGAACUCUUCCAAGGCACGGGGGACUAUCAGUUUGAUAUCUACAGGCAAAUGAAAGAGGAGAACGCCAACAGCUGGACGGACUAUCACCCACACAGCAACGUCCUCUGGCUCCACUACUUGUCAGAUAAAUUUUUGAAGUGCAUGUGCUACAAGAAAAAGGCAUCAUCAACCGCUUCCCUGAGGAAAAUAAAGCAGCAGCUCGUUGAGUUCCACAAAGAAGUCCUGAGCUUUGACUCCGCCAGUGACGUUUUACAAAACAGCAGCCUCUUCCAGUGAGCAGGGGAGCGCGAUGCUGCCAAGAACUCACUCACUGGUGCUGCCUUUCUCCUUUGCUCUUUUUUUAUGUAUGACAUUUAUAAACGUCAGCACAAUGAAGAAACGUUACGAUCGGUUACCAGUGUGUAUAACAUGCUAUCAAAGAUGUCUAAAAAACUGCCCUAAAAGUCUUGUGCUUUUAAAAAGUUUCCAUGGGUACUUUUUUUGAGGGGUGAUGGUGGGGGAGGGAACAGAGUUGAUAUUUGAGAAGGGGGGGGGGAAAGACACCUUUGUGCUCAAGUAAUGUUUUGAAUUCCACAGUUUUCUUACCUUUUUAAUAUUAGAUUAUUGUCUUUAAAGAAAAAAAUAAAAAAUAUUCUGGGCAGUGAGGAUAAAGGUAAAUAUUCUCAGCCCAGCUGGGGACAGAGAUUGGGGGGGGGGGAACUCCACCUUCUGACUUACUUUUAAAAAUGAACUCCUGUUCAGUUUGGCAAAAUUUAUACCUGGAAUGAUGCUACAAAAUGUGAAUAUGUAGUGUUUCUGCAGUGUAGGCUUUAAAAACACUCUAAUCUGCAACAAUAUGCUUUUUUUUUUUCCUCUGUAAGGACCAGUGAAGAGGUACUGGAUUAAGAAAAAAAUAAGAAAAAGUACCUGUGUUCCUGAUGCAUUUUUGGCCAUUAUUCUGUUGUGACCUCGUAUACGGAUAGGAACCCAAAUCUGUAACUUGAUGGUAGCAUUAAAGCGAUUUUCUCCAUUUAUCUACAGAAGAAAAUGCACAUGGUGAUUAGUGUUCUUUAGGCCUGACUGCGGAUGGAUCAGGUGACCUGAAUCUGAAGCUGCACUUACAUUAGGUUUUAAUUCUUUGCUUUAGAGAUGUCCUUUGCUAACGUUCAGUUAGAGAACGUUAAAGAAACUGGUCUAAAGAGAAUGAUAAAUCAAACUAAGUUAAAAGUGAAUUCGAUUAUUAUUAAAAAUUAGUAAACCAAAUGACCCAGGUGCAUUAAGUUAUUAAGAGGUAGCGUUAUUGGAUUUGUUAUAACUGGAAUGGUGUCUGUGCCAUUUGUCUAUAUGUGAGUGUCUAUAUGCAGUCUAUCAAUUAGAUGCAUCUUUGAACUUGUCUUGAAGUCUACUUUUUACAAGCCCCUGUGAUACAGUUUUAUUGUUCUGUCUUCCAGACUCUUUUGCUGUUUAGUACCACAGAAAAUGACUUGACAAUCUGCAGUGCUUGAAAUUAUUAAAAUGGAAAUUGUAUUGGAAUCUUACCAGGCAUCCUCUCAAUCCU